ACCAUCCGAUGAUGUUGGUAACAUCACCGGAAGACUUGGCCACAGAAGCAUUGCAUUCCGAUCCAAGGUUUUCCGAUGUCUGAUGUGUAUCCAUCAAGCGUGUCUGCAACUUAGACUGUUUUAAUCUGUGGCCACAGACUUAGGCAUGAUUGAUUAGAGGUCCGAUGAAGGUUAGCUUGAUCCUUUGGGUCGAUGAUCAUGACUUGAAUUAAAGGAGCCCUUGUAGCCCCAGUUUGGGACCAUCACCGCGGCUCUGUAGCCGGCAGAGAUAUUCGAAAUUGCGCACGAAAGGAAAUGACCAGGGGAGAAAAUCGUCCUAGACAAGUUGAUCUCCUUAUCAUCAAGGAAUCGCGGCAUCAAAUGUGUCAAAGUUUUCCAUCUUUCGUGCCUUGAUCUAUAAAUUGUCCGCCGGUUAACUGAAGGCUUGAUGGUGCUCUCUCUGGGAACUUACCAUGUUUAAGCGAAAGUGAACUCAAACCAGGAAAGGCCAAGUACAAGUCUACCUGCAAUAUAUCAUAAUCAGAAGGCGAGAGACAGCACUGAUCACCACCAUCAGCAAGAUGAGAGCAGCUUACGAAUCGGAUUUUCGCUACUCUUAUCUUCUAUUUCUCGGUGCUUUGUUGUCGAUUCCUUCUACUAAUCAUUUCAUGUUCGAGGAUAAGUUUUGCUUAGCACUCGCAUUGAGAAUGAAUACUUAAUCGACGAGUUCGACUUUAAACGAACCCGAGUCAGGAUACCAUCUCUUGAGUGGGAAUAGAUUGGUAAAUCUUUCGUCCUUGAUUUAAAGGUUGAUAUGCUUAUGCAAACAGAGCACAACGAAGUGCAUCGACAGUCAUGUAUGCAAAGUUAGAGUCAAAGGAGAAGGGAUGUCAGAGCAUAAUAUCACCAUCUCCAGAUGAAAGCUGUGUGAGAUCGAUACUCUGCAACAAAAGAAAGAGGCAAAUAUUUGAUCGGCAUAUGAUGGUUUUUGGUUGCGAAUAGAUUUGUCUUCUGUCAUGGCUUUUGUAUCUAGGCGACGCGCAAUGUGUCGUAAUCUGCCAUGGAACGAUGCCUCGGCACUCGAAAACAAGAGGCGCUAAAGCAAAGUGCUUGCAUUCAGUGAUGGGAGUGUAGUCCAAUCUGAUGGCGAAAAAAUGAGCGGUCCAUGAGCAAUGACCGUGAAGAGAGAAAAGAUUCAAGCAACUUUUAUCCUCCCAAAAGCAAAGAACUUCAAUGGAGAACCUUCAUCCUGGCAAUAACUAGCAUCUGGUUCUCUUCCUAUUCAAUCCUUUCCCUCCAUAGUGGAAAGCGAAUAAGCUUCUUCUACAUGGUUCUUAAACCAUUUUAUAACAGAAGGGCACAGACUAAAUCGCCUUUUUAAGGUCAUGAAAUUCAGACCCGAGCAUCACCCCGACUGCGUGCAACAUCGGAGAACUCCCAUCUUCGCAGUCCGCCAGCACCUUCCUCAGCCCUCCGAUCCCAUCGCAACUUAGAAUGAGCUUGGAGGGGAGCGGGAAGAAGACUGUAUCAGUCGGGCCGUGGGGCGGUCAAGAUGGGUUCCGCUGGGACGAUGGAGUUUAUUCAACGGUGAGGCAGCUGGUGAUAGCUCAUGGGUCCGGCAUCGACUCUAUCCAGUUCGAGUACGACAUGAAAGGGAACUCGAUUUGGACAGAAAAACACGGUGGAAACGGAGGUUGCAAAGUGGACAGGGUCAAGCUUGAUUACCCGGAUGAGUUCCUAACCUCUGUUCAUGGACAUUAUGGGAAACUCAAUGAAUGGGGACCUGUUCUUGUUCGCUCGCUCACCUUUGUGAGCAAUCGGAAGACUUACGGACCAUAUGGUGUAGAACAGGGGACCUAUUUCUCUUUCCCGGCGACCAGCGGCAAGAUCGUUGGGUUUCAUGGCAAGGCCGGCUGGUACCUGGAUGCAAUUGGGGUUUAUCUGAAGCCGUAUCAGAAAGAAAAGUCUUCUGGAACUCUGGUUCAUACUCAAACCGGUGUCGGUAAUGGGAACAACAAGGUUGGCUACUCGGUCGUACAAGGGAGCAUCGGGCAGAAUUUCGACAUAGUGCUUGCCGUGAGGCAGAAGGAAGUUCAAGGCAAUUGUUUCCCGACCAAAUUCUCGAGACAAAGUUCUAGUUCCCAUGAGUCAUCCAGCGACGACGAAGCCAAGGAGAAGAUGCCCGAGGUACAAAAUGUGCCCCGGAUAAUUGAAGGGCUAUUGACGGUCGGACCAUGGGGAGGUUCCGGUGGGUCUGCAUACGAUGAUGGAAUCUACACCGGCAUCAGACAGAUCAAUCUAUCUCGGAAUGUCGCUAUCGUAUCGAUAAAGGUUCUAUAUGAUUGGAACGGGGAGGCGCUGUGGGGAAGCAAGCGCGGCGGAACAGGAGGAUACAGAAGCGAUAAGAUAGUAUUCGACUACCCGGACGAAGUUUUAACACACAUAACGGGCACCUGCGGGCCUCUAAUGUACAUGGGACCAAGUAUCAUUAGAUCAAUCACCUUCCACACCAACAGAGGAAAGCACGGACCUUUCGGAGAAGAGCAGGGACCUUCUUUUACUUCAAAGUCGAAAGAAGGGAAGAUCGUGGGCUUUCACGGUAGAAGCGGCCUGUUUAUAGAUGCUAUCGGCAUCCAUAUGAUCGAAGGGAAAGUACCGGCGGCCGCUCUUCCUCGGGCGAACAAGAAUUACAAGACCGAAGCGGAUCUGGCUGAAGUGGAGUAUCCUCAAUGGUCGAAUAAAUUGGUUCACGUGAAGCAAAGGCCGGCAGAAGAGGUUGCUUGCGGCAUUAUCAAAGAGCCAGCUCCAUGCGGACCGGGCCCCUGGGGAGGGGAAUACGGGCGACCAUGGGAUGAUGGUGUUUUUUCCGGGAUCAGACAGAUAAUUCUGACCAGAACCGAAGCUAUCUGCUCCAUACAGAUAGAGUAUGAUAGAAAUGGACAAUCUGUUUGGUCAGUCAAACAUGGAGGCAACGGAGGACUCACCACGCAUCGGAUCAAGCUGGAGCAUCCAAAUGAAGUCCUAAUAUGCAUCUCUGGCUAUUAUGGCCCCAUCAGCAAAGAUGAGCGGCCUCAGCCUCAGUUCAUAAGGUCGCUGACAUUUCACACGAGUCGAGGGAGAUUUGGUCCAUUUGGAGAAGAAGUGGGUACCUUUUUCACUUCAACUACGACAGAAGGAAAGGUGGUGGGAUUUCAUGGGAGGAGCAGCCUGUACUUGGACGCCAUCGGGGUCCAUAUGCAGCACUGGUUAGGACACCAGAAGACAGCGAGGUCCUCCCUCAUGAGAAUGUUCUAUUGAUCCACUGUAUCUAGUUCAUGAUAUGAUCUUUUAAAAAAAGUUAAACCGCAUCCUGUACCUUACCUUCAAAUCCGGAGAUAAUUAUGUAUUGCCUCUUUAUGAUCCAUAUCCCUGGUUGAAUAAAAACACACGUUGGAAUA